AUGAAGACGGCGGUUUGCGACAUUCCGCCGCGGGGCCUCAAGAUAGCCGCCACCUUCAUGGCAAACACCACCGCAAUUCAGGAAGUUUUCAAGCGCAUAUCGGAGCAGUUCAGUGCUAUGUUCAGGCGCAAGGCUUUUCUUCACUGGUACACGGGCGAGGGCAUGGACGAAAUGGAAUUCACCGAGGCAGACUCAAACAUGAUAGAUCUUAUUUCUGAAUACCAGCAAUAUCAAGAAGCUACUGCAGAAGACGAAGACUUUGAGGAAGAUUUGGAGGUAGAUGCGGACGAACAAGAUUAA